GGUGUCAACAAAAAUAACCUUUGUGCCGAAAUGAUGCCAUUCAAUGCUUUGAACAGAGCCAUCCGCUCAAACCCAUCAUUCACCCCCAUUCGGUCAACAUUGGUGUCAACACAGCGUACCUAUGCUACUACAGCUAGCGCUAGUGCGAAAGCUCACCCGCCUCGGCGUACCUUCUUGCACAACAAGUAUAAGACGAUUUUGGCCGACAAUCGCAUUGCCCUUAUAAUGCAAUUCAACAACCUUAACGUCAAGGAACUCACUGCCCUUCGUCAAGAGCUCAACCAGCUUGGAUCAUCAACCACACUAACUGUUGUACGAUCUGGAAUUUUUGCUUCCGUCUUGCGUGAAACCCGUUUCGCCAACCUCGAUCCUCUGGUUAUGGGCCCUACGUGUGUCCUCCACACUAACGGAAGCGAUGCCGAACACCCAACCCUCAUCAAGGAUAUUGUCACUCUUCUCAACAAGAAUAAGAAGUUGAUGCUCAUUGGCGGUAAGGUGGACGAAACCUUGCUUAACUUUGAAGGUGUUGAGAAGGUUAGCAGCAUUGCUGGCAUCUCAUCUCUGCAGUCAGAACUCUUGGGUGUCUUGCAAUCACCCGCCAGACAAGUUCUCAGCAUUUUGGAUAGACGCCCUCAGGAACUCGUCAUGGCGCUCGACCAACACGCAAAGAACUUGGAUGGGGACUCUGAACCAUCGAAAUAAGUUGUGGAUUCAUUCAUCAGCUUACUGGAUGCCAGAGAUUAUUUUUCAUAUUUGAAGCAUCAGUAAUGUGGAUUGCUGGAUGUAAAAACUGUGCAACUCAUAUAGACCAUUAGAAUGCUGUGGACAUACAUUUGUGUUCUUACCAUUGCCUUUCCUUACCAUGUAGAUUAUGCUUUUCAUUUUCUUUUCGUUUCUCUUUAAUAUAAACACUAUUUCAUGUGUUUUCACAGUGUGUAAA